GCCCUCCAAAUCUCUUCUUUUUUGUUUGGUGGUAACGAGAUAUUCACGAGAUUUCAAUGGAAACAAUCUCAAGAAGAUCAACAAGUCCAAGAGAGCAACUAAUUAUAAAAACAAGUAAACUCCAAUUCAUUCCUUAAUCUUUUCAUUUUCCCUCUGUUUUCGAAAUCAAGGUCGAUUUGUAUAGAGAAAACCCAGAUUUGAAACGGAAUUUAAUGGCCGCUUAUGCGGCAUCGAAUCGGGUACGACAGAUCAGGAACAUCAAUGGCGCCAUUCUGAGGACCCUUUUCAAAUCCAAGAUUACUACUGUCCCUUCUAACUGCAGAGGCAUUUCCCAUUUUAUCAAAGGAAAUGGAAAUCGCUUAUUCCUCGUUGACACUUUAGCUCUUGUUAAGAAAUUUGAGGCACAAGGAAUUCCCUUGAAUCAAGCAGAGGCAAUAACUGCAGCCAUUACCCAAGUGCUUAGUGAUAGCUUUGAAAAUGUGGCUCAUGCAUUUGUUUCAAAGACUGAAAUGAUGAAGACAGAAAUGACCCAGGAGGGUUCUUUGUCCAAAUUCAAAUUCGAAGUCAAAAGUUCUCAGGAGCAUCAUUUUUCUCUGUUGCAACAUGAAACUGAGACCCUUCGGGGUGACAUAGAAAAGGUCCGAAGUGAACUAAGGUACGAGGUAGAUAAAGUAACAGCAGGACAACGUCUGGAUCUAAACCUGGAAAGAGGGAGAAUAAAGGACGAACUUACAAGCCAAAAUCAUGAAACUAGUAACCUAACCAACAAACUUGAUAGAGAAAUUCAUGCUCUAAGGGCUCAAUUAGAAGCUGGAAAGUAUGAAGUGAUAAAGUACUGUAUAGGUAGCCUUGUAUCGAUAUCUGCUGUUGGCAUCGCUUUUCUUCGUAUUUGUAUGUAAUACGAAUGUGUUGCGUUAAAUGUUGAUUGCUCUAGUUAUAUGGAAAAGCAAAGCUUUGUCUC